GUGUAUGUGUGAAGUGUGAGUCCAGAGAGUGAAAAUGCUGCAGCAGGUGAUGCGUGUGUCAUGGAGGGGCGUGGCCCCGAUGAUUAAGUGGGCAGAGCCUGUGGCAGAGGUGAGGACUCUGGAUCAGAUGCCCGGACCAUCAGCUGUCAGGUUCAUCUGGGAUCUGCUGGCAAACCGAGGACUGUCCAGACUGCACGAACUGCAGCUGGAUGGUCGGCGGCGGUUUGGGUCGAUGUGGAAGGCGAGUUUCGGCCCAGUUCUGACAGUACACGUCGCAGAACCAGAGCUCAUAGAGCAGGUGCUCAGACAGGAAGGACACACCCCCAUGAGGUCUGACAUUUCCUCCUGGAAGGACUACAGGAAACACAGAGGACACGGAUACGGCCUACUGACCUCUGAGGGGGAGGAGUGGCAGGAAGUUCGCAGUCUUCUCUCCAAGCACAUGCUGCGUCCCAAAUCAGUGGAGGUGUACGACAGCACACUGAACACAGUAGUGACUGACCUGAUCACAAAACUCACACUACACAAACAACAAAAUCAUCAUGGAGUCGUUAAUGACGUCGCAGCAGAGUUCUACCGCUUCGGCCUUGAAGGAAUUUCGUCAGUACUGUUCGAGUCCAGGAUUGGCUGUUUAGAUCCAGUGGUUCCUGUGGAAACCGAACGUUUUAUCCAGUCCAUUAACACAAUGUUUGUGAUGACGCUGCUCACCAUGGCAAUGCCGGCAUGGCUCCAUCGUCUUUUCCCCAAACCGUGGCGAACGUUCUGUCAGUGCUGGGAUUACAUGUUCCAGUUCGCGAAGGGUCAUAUAGAUCACCGCCUUAAAGAGGAAGAGCAGAAGCUGGCACGUGGAGAGGAAGUGGAGGGACGAUGUCUGACUUACUUCCUGGCUCGAGCUGGAAUGCCGAUGAAGUCUGUGUACAGUAACGUGACGGAGUUGCUGCUGGCCGGAGUCGAUACGAUCUCCAGCACACUGUCCUGGUCUCUCUAUGAACUUUCCCGCCAUCCUGAGAUCCAGAGAUCACUGAGGUCAGAAAUCAUGAAGGUUCUGGGAGACAGAAGAAUCCCGACAGCAGCUGAUGUAGCGUCCAUGCCUCUGUUGAAGGCUGUCAUUAAAGAAAUCACCAGGCUGUAUCCUGUUAUUCCAGCCAACGCUCGGGUCAUCACAGACCGCAAUAUUACAGUUGGAGGCUACAUCAUUCCUAAGAAGACACUCAUCACUCUGUGUCAUUACGCCACAUCACGUGAUCCGGCUCAGUUUUCCAACCCAAACUCCUUUAUCCCUCAGCGCUGGCUCAGUCGUGAUGAAGGGAAUCACCCGUAUUCCUCUGUGCCCUUCGGAGUUGGCAAACGCAGCUGCAUCGGCCGCAGAAUCGCAGAACUUGAGCUCUACCUGGCACUUAGUCGGAUUUUACUGCAUUUUGACGUGAUGCCGGAUCCGAGCGGCCGUGUGGUCCAACCCAUGACCCGAACUCUCCUGGUUCCAGACAGAGAAAUCAAUCUGCAGUUCAUCGAGCGCUGAGUCUCUGCACACGGCAGCAUGACGCUCUCAGGAGAUAAUGUUGUAGAGUGUGUGUGUGUGUGUGUGUGUGUGUGUGUGUGUGUUUCAUAUGGUGCUCAUUUUACAGAAAUCAUUUCUUCUUUUCUUCUGGAUAUGGAACAGAAGGAAACACUCAGGGACUGAUGAAUAACCCCUUUGUCUGACUUUACUGUAAUGGUCAAUCACUUUAAAUAUGUGCUUUUGGAGGGUCCUCCAGUGGACACGCCCUCUGGUGGACACGCCCUAUAAUGGACACGACCCUUAGUAGCCCUCUGAGGUCCUCAGAGUUCUGGAGCAUGAUAGAUAACUAUCUAAUUAGAUAAUUAGAGAUGAUUUGUGUUUAAAUCACGUGUGACGAAAAAUCAGACCACGGCCUUCAUGUAGCACAUUAUUCACUUACACGUGAAAAUACUGAUGUUCAGGUAACGGUGCUUAAAGAUGACUCUUUCAUAUACUGUAGUCUUACUGUGUGUGUGUGUUGUGUGUGUGUGUGUGUGUGGUGCUUAAAGAUGACUCUUCCAUAUACUGUAGUGUUACUGUGUGUGUGUGUGUGUGUGUGUGUGUGUGUGUGUGUGUGGU